AUGUAUAGAUUAGUAUCGAAAGUACUGUUUGCAUUUAAAAGUAGUGGAAUAGUGUAUAAUCGGGCAGCUACAAGUUUGAUAUGUUAUCAGUCUCAAUUGCGAUUAUUUCAUAAAAGUACACCUGUUCAAAUAAAUCCACUCUUGCCUUUUGAUAUUUUAGAAGAAGUACAGAAUGAUGACCUAGAAGAGAAAAAUGAAAAAUUGAAGAAGGAGAAGAAGAAAUUGAUCAAAGAAAAAAAGAAGAUGAGGAAAAAUGAGAAUGAAUCAAAGAAACCAGUUGACGAAACACCUCACAGUAAAGACUUAAGUGAAGAUGAUUUCAAAACCACCAAUGACACAAUUCCUCUUAAAAGAGCUGUUAUGCCUAACACAAACGUUUUAGAAGUUAAAGAAACUGGUGGUCCUGACGAAACAGGAAGCACAGGAAACACAAAAUAUGCAAAAAGUGCAGAAAGUGACAAAACAUCACCUCCCCAGGGGGGUAGUUCAGGUUUGGGUACAACCGCAGGAAGCAAUGGAGGAAAUGGGGACAAUAAUGGAAAUAAUGGGGGUAAUGGACCUCCAUCUGACAAUAAAGAUGAAAUAGAACCAGAAGGAAAUAAAGAUUCCAAAAAAGCAGAGGAAAAUAGAAAAAUGGAAGAAGAGAAGGAAAGAGAAAAAGAAAAUAAAAGACAUCAAGAAGAGGAAGAAGAAAUUGAUGAAUCGGAAGAUAUCGAAGAAGAAAAGCCUAACAAAUUCAAAGAGGGAUUGGCCAAGUUUGGAAGAUUCUUAUUUAAAUGCCUUGAGACUAUUGGCAUUACGUUCAGCUCUAUCGCCAUUUUAGGGGUUGCAGGUUUAUUGUAUCAUAAAUUUUACGGCAUACAUGUGCUCGAUAAGAUGGAUUUAGCUUUCGAAAAGGGUGACCCAGCAUUCCAAUUAUCAAUGCAUAAGAGAACCAAUAAAAGUACGGAUAAUGUUGAAUGUGAUGAUGAUGAUUUGUCCCAAUAUUGGGUUGAACGCCCACAACAAAAGUUGCUUGACGAUAUUGUGUCGGGAAAAAUAGUUGGAAGAUACUUUUUGUUAAUUGGAGAAAAAGGUACAGGCAAGACUUCCUUGUUGUUGGAAUCUAUGAAGAAGGUUGAUGGGUAUAAUGUAGCAAUAUUCGAUGCACACGCAGAUCCUGAAAUAUUUAGGAUCAGAUUAGGUAAAGCUUUAAAUUUUACUUUUUCUGAAGAUUACAUUGGUUCAUUAUUCAGCAUACGUGGACCCAGAGACACCACUGCUCUAUUGGAUAUUGAAAGAGCUUUUAGCAAAUUGGAAGAGUUAGCAAUUAAAAGAGUUAUUAAGACAAACAAUCGUCCAUUAGUGCUAAUUAUUAAUAACUCUCACUUGAUUAAAGAAACAGAAGAAGGUAUCAAAUUGAUCGAAUUAUUACAACAAAAGGCUGAAAGUUUAAGUGGAUCAGGGUUAGUCACAAUAGUUUUUAAUUCCGAUGAUUAUUGGGUAUACGAAAAAUUGAAAAAAUUAGGUACAAGAUUAGAACUAAUAAACGUAAGAGACUUCAACAGAAUAGAAACUGUGAAGUCUUUGAAGUUUAUCAGAGAAAAAUUCUUCCCGUCGAAGAAAUUUCCAGACCUAAAGUUAAAUGACGAAAUUUGUGGAAACAUCUAUGAUUUAAUUGGAGGAAGACCGCAACAUAUAUCGCAAGUUGCUAGACAUAAGGAUAUUAUAACUGCUUGUCAUCAAAUAAUCGACCGUGAAAAGACGUGGUUUUUGAAUCAAUGCGGCUUAUUAGGAAUGGAUAUGGAUGAUGAUGUAAUGGAAAGUGGGAAAUUUUCCACCAGUGCAAUGCUUUUAAUGAGGGCAUUUGUGGAAAUGGAUAGGGUUGGAUUAACCAAUGCUUCUUAUGGUGAUCAUAAUAAUGAAGACCAUCAUUUACCCGAUUUACCUUUAUGGAGGGCGAGACAGAUUAUGACGCGUGCUGAUUAUAUUCAACAGUACGAUAAUUUAAAUAUAUUCACCAUUGAUUCAGAGUCUACUGUACGAGCUGACUCCGUGCCAAUGAUGAGAGCUUUCCAUGAAAUUGCAUCACAACCACAUUUCGACGAAUUAUUAGAAGAUACAAUUGAGAGAGUAGCCGAUAUCGAGUCUUUAGGAAGAACACGAGAAGUAGUGCUCAAGGACUUGAAUUAUGGUAGUACAUAUGGCAUAACUCAUAGAGACAAAUCAUAUGAAAUUCAGUUGACAAAAUCACAAAAACAAAAAAUUAAGGAUGGAGAAGAAGAUGAUGGAGAAGACGAUGAUGACAGUGAAUUAUUGUUGGAAGACGUCAAUAAGAGGAAUAAAACAAAAAUUUGGAGAAAGAGAAUGCUGAAAAUUGGCCAAUUGUAUUUAAGCUCAGACAAACAAGAGGAGGAUAAGUUUGAUAUCGACAUCAACAGAUCUAAAUGA